UUUUUUGUCACAAUACUCUUAAUAUAUGAAGAUUAUUAGUUUUUGAGGUAAAUUUCGGUCGAAAUACUUUAGUUUGAACACAAAAAUCGUAAAUUAAUUUUGGCUUCCUAUAACGAUACAUACAAUUUGGCGUUGUUGUUCACUGAUAUUUCAGUUCAUACAUUCGAUAAUAGAUGUCGCCCACUUUGAAAUUUUCGCGAAUAGUUAUUCACAAACUGGCAACCCUGAAUCAGGGUCAACUGUCAACCUCUAACACUCUAACCUAACUUAAUAGUUUUGUCAAUAUUUUUGUUUUCAUUCCCAAAUUUCUCAUUCAUAAAAACUACUAAGCUAAGAAAAUACUACUCUACCCUUAUAUUGUGAUUUUUUAUUUAUUCUUCAAGAAUUUUUUCCAUUUAAAUUUAUUUAUUUUUAAUUAUUUUAACGUGGCAAAAGUCCAAAUCCAUCAAAACCAUGUACUCAAAAAGUCAAAGAGAGCCUGACGAUGGGCCUGCAGAGCUGGAAAGUCAAUUCAUUCUGAGGCUACCUUUGGAACCAGCCAAAGUCCUUCGUGACGCCCUCCGUAACUCAGAACCCCUUAAAGACAGGUUCUCCAUCAAAAUCGAAGACGAUUUGCGUCACACCGAAGUCCGCCUCGACCAGUGGUUGUUUCCAGGCAAAGUAGUAGACCUACCAACAGUCAUCGAAACCCUGAAAACCAUCGACAACAAAAACUUUUACAAAACGGCCGAUUUGUGUCAGAUGCUGUUGUGCAAAGAGGAAGAGGAUCAGACCACUGACGAAGAGUGCACGCAAAAAAAGAAAAAAGACUCCAACAAGGUUGACAAAAAGUAUUUGUGGCCUCACGGAAUCACGCCGCCUACAAAAAACGUACGCAAGCGCAGAUUUAGGAAGACUUUGAAGAAAAAAUACGUCGAAGCUCCAGAAAUUGAAAAAGAAGUCAAAAGAUUGUUGAGGCACGACAACGACGCUGUCAGCGUCAAGUGGGAAGUUAUCAACGAAGAUGACGAAAAUAAGGUCAACAAAGGGACUGUUGUCAUUAAAAAAGAAGUCAUUGAUAGCGAUUUACAACCCAAAGUGGCCGAAGAUGACAUCUUUGGUGGAGCUGUCAGUGAUUCUGACGAUGACGAUGCUCAUUUGAAUGUGUUAGAUGUUAUUGAUGAGAACAGUCAGAAUAGUAAUGAUGAUAGUCAUUUGACUGAUUCAAAUUCUGUCAUGAACAAUUCAGCAGAUCAAAAACUUGUCACCGAAUUCACUAGUGACAUGUUUGAAGCCUCCAGCUCUAUGCUGCAAGAUGUAGACUACUACGGCCAUUCUUCAUCAAACAUCACAUACUCUGAUCAAACGUUGAGCUUCGUCGAACCCACCUUAAAUAAAGACUCCAUUGAGGCCAAGCUGGAAGACUUAACAUUGGAAUUGAACGAUAUCAAAACUCGUAGGGUUGAGCAGGAGAUGAAGAUAGAGAGUAUUGAAAAUUUGACUUUGAGGCAACGUUUUCAGUCCAAUGUUGAACGUUUGCUGCAAGAGCAAAUUGAGAAGGAACAUGAUAUUUAUGAGAUGCAAGAUCUAAUGAAACAAUUUGAUUAAUAAUUGAAGUUUUCUUAUUUACUUUAUUUUUUUUAUUAUUUACAAUUAUGUAUAGUCUUAUAUCUGACACUUAGGUAGGUAUAUCAUAAUGAAUGUAUUUUUGCAAGUGCAAUUUUUUUUAUUAUUUAGUUAUUAGUCUAUUUAUUAUUAUUGUUGCUAGAUCAUUCUUUUUUUUCUUCUCUUAAUCUUAGGGUUAACUUCAAAAUAUACCUACUUUUUUUCUGCACCAGGCAUUUAGGUAGUAACAAUUUGUAAAAUUUUGCUGCGGAAUCUUGGAAAAUUGAAAUCUAUGGUUGGAAAAAGUACAAUUUAUUUCUACUAGUUUUGCUCUAUAUUUUAUUAACAUGUCAUUAUUAAAUCACAAAUAUAAAACCUGCCUAAUUUCUUUAAGGUUCAGUUUAUU